AUGGUCACCGUCGUGGUCACCACCGUGGUCACCACCGUGGUCACCACCGUGGUCACCACCGUGGUCACCACCGUGGUCACCGUCGUCGUCACCGCCGUGGUCACCACCGUGGUCACCACCGUGGUCACCACCGAGGUCACCACCGUGGUCACCACCGUGGGUACCACCGUGGUCACCACCGUGGUCACCACCGUGGUCACCAUCGUGGUCACCACCGUGGUCACCAUCGUGGUCACCAUCGUGGUCACCACCGUCGUCACCACCGUGGUCACCACCGUGGUCACCACCGUCGUCACCACCGUGUACACUGCUGUGGCGCCGCCCCCGACACAGUACACUGCUGUGGCGCUGCCCCCAACACAGCACACUGCUGUGGCGCCGCCCCCGACACAGCACACUGCUGUGGCGCCGCCCCCGACACAGCACACUGCUGUGGCGCCGCCCCCGACACAUUCAGUGUCAGUGUCUUCUACAGAGGAAAUUUUCAUGCUGAUGUAUCAUGUGUAA